AUGGGCGACUACCGCUUGGGCGCGACGCUCGGCGUCGGCUCGUCGGCCGUCGUCCGGGAGGGCGUCGACGAGCGAUCGGGCGAGCGGCUCGCGAUCAAGAUCGUCGACAAGAACCGCGCGGCGCGCUACAAGAUCGUGCGGCGCCUCAACAACGAGGUCGUGCACAUGCGCGCCGUCGAGCACCCGAACGUCGCGCGGCUCGUCGACGUCGUGCACGCGCGCGCGGGGCUCUACCUCGUCCUCGAGCACGGCGGCCGGGACCUCUACGGCUACGUCGGUGCCACCUUCCCGAACAUGGUCGUCCCCGAGCCCGUGGCGCGCCACGUCGUCAGCCAGCUCGUCGCGGGCUGCUGCGCGCUGUCCGCGCGAGGCGUCGUGCACCACGACGUCAAGUCCGAGAACGUGCUCGUCGCGCCGGGCAUCGAGGACGGCCAGGUCGCCGCCGUGCGGCUGACGGACCUGGGUAUGUCGGAGACCUACGAGCCGGGCCAGCGCGGGAAGGCGUUCUGCGGCUCGCCCGGCUUCUUCCCGCCGGAGAUGGUCGCGGCCGCCGAUUACGACCCGUUCAAGGUCGACGCCUGGUCCAUCGGCUGCGUCGCGCUGGAGCUGCUCCUGGGGCGCCACUCACGGGACGACCCCGCGGAGUUCGCGGUGGCGCUGUCGUCGGCGCUGGCGGACCUCGCGGCGGCGCUCCGGGCGUCGCCGCUGCCCGCGGAGGCGAAGAGCUUUCUGGAGAGCGCGCUCACGGAGGACCCGGACGACCGGCCCGCGGUCGAGGAGCUCGCGGGCCACCCCUGG